AUGGGUGCUAUAAAUUCUAUUCCCGAUAAGAUGGCUGCCAAUCAAAAGGCUAUGCAAAGUGAAAUGCAGUCAAAACAAGUUGACUUAUAA